CGCUCUAGCCGGUCCGCCAGCCUCGUGGCCCUUUUCUCUCUGGGUCCUGUUUCCGGGCGGAUCGUGCGCUGAGGAACCGAGGAGCCAUGGCGGGGCAACGCAUCCCGGUACCCCGGCUCGAGGGUGUUUCACAGGAGCAGUUCAUGCAGCACCUUUAUCCGCAGAGAAAGCCUCUAGUGUUGGAAGGAAUUGAUUUGGGGGCAUGUACAAGUAAAUGGACAGUGGACUACCUAAGCCAUGUUGGAGGAGCAAAAGAAGUGAAGAUUCAUGUUGCCACAGUUGCCCAGAUGGACUUCAUUAGUAAGAAUUUUGUGUAUAGAACUUUAUCUUUUGACAAGUUGGUUCAGAGGGCAGCUGAAGAAAAGCACAAAGAAUUCUUUAUUUCAGAGGAUGAGAAAUAUUACUUACGAUCACUUGGGGAAGACCCUAGAAAGGAUGUUGCAGAUAUCAGAAAGCAGUUUCCUCUAUUGGAAGGAGAUAUUAAAUUUCCAAAAUUCUUCAGAGAAGAACAGUUCUUUUCCAGUGUUUUUCGGAUUAGUUCACCAGGAUUGCAACUUUGGACUCACUAUGAUGUAAUGGAUAACUUCUUGAUACAAGUGACAGGAAAAAAACGGGUGGUACUCUUCAGUCCUCGAGAUGCCCAGUAUUUAUAUUUAUCAGGCACUAAAUCAGAAGUACUAAAUAUAGAUAACCCAGACUUAGCUAAAUAUCCACUGUUUUCCAAGGCUAGAAGGUAUGAAUGUUCCCUGGAAGCUGGAGAUGUAUUAUUCAUUCCUGCUUUAUGGUUCCAUAAUGUAAUUUCUGAAGAAUUUGGAGUAGGAGUGAAUGUCUUUUGGAAGCACCUUCCAUCUGAAUGCUAUGAUAAAACAGACACCUAUGGAAACAAAGAUCCUACAGCAGCAUCAAGAGCUGCACAAAUUUUGGACAGAGCUUUAAAAACACUGGCUGAAUUACCAGAGGAAUAUAGGGACUUCUAUGCUCGGCGAAUGGUCUUACACAUUCAGGACAAAGCUUACAGCAAAAACUUCGAGUAAAUAAUGAAGUGAAUACAAAAAUAUAAGGAUUAAAAUGUAAUUGAGCUCAAAUAUUGGACAAAUUGCAUAAUAAUAUUAAACUUUUUAAAGUAUGAAAAAUCAGUUUCAGAUUUACAGAUUAAGUGUAAAGGAAUGUUUGUGUAGUUUCUACAUAAUAUAGUGUUAUGGUUCAAAAAAUACUGUAAUUGGGACCACUCUUUAGUUUUGAGAUAUAAAUAACUAAAAAUCCAACUUUAAACAUUAAACAAUAAGAAAGUUAAAUUAUUACACAUGAAGUUUUCUGCUAGAAUGGGCUUCAGUAUUUCUGAUUUACUAGUGCCACCAAGAAAUUGAGGGUUUUUUUUCUCCCUACUCCUCUCAAUGGCAGCAUUGGCAUCCUCCUAAGCUGGCUACUCUUGUGGUCACAGGAUGAUUGCCAAUAGCAGUUUGGGCCGUGUGCAUCUUCAUUUACAUGCAGUGGAGGAGUCAGGCUGGAUUCCAGGAGCCCUGUCUUAAUAUAAGAAAGCUUUCCCAGAAUUUACCACCAAAAUUCUUAGGUGUCAUUGAUCUAAAGUUGCUUAGAUCUGUCCAUCCCCAAGCCAGUCACUGGCAAAGCAUAAGGAAUAAUCCUUAAGCCAGCUGGUUUAUGGAACUGGAAAUAGAAUUCUUCCCCUGAGGCACAAGAUAUAUGAUGGGUACAAAAUGGAUAAUUAUCUAAUAUUAUAUUAGUCAGAAGUUCUGAUAAGAAAGGAAAAAGAUGGGCAGCCAACAAUCUCUUCAUUAAUCUUUUGAGCUUUUAAAAACAGAUGUCAGGGGCCCUCCCUGAAGCACAGCACUAAGAAGCUAAAGCCACUUCCGCAUG